UUGCAUAUAUUGUUAUCUUAUAUUUUUUUAAUGAGAAAAUAACUUUUGGCCGGGUCGGGUACCCGAUUUUCCGUGAAAACGAUCGAUGCAGAGUCUCUCGAUCUCCAUCCACUCAUUACCCUCCCUCCUCCGGACCACCUCCAAUGAGACUCCUCUGUCUAUAUCCGUCUCCACGGAAAACACCCCUCUGCAACUCGCAAAAAACGAAAACCUACUGUUUGAAACAAUUGAGAACCAGGGGAUUCGGAUUCCCUUUGUUGCCGCACAGACGCUUCUUCCCUUCACGUGCAUCACCGUCGAAAAACCCACUGAAGAAGACAGCAACCGAAGAAAGAACUCGAGGAGCUUAGGCCUUUUUUCUACCUUUUGCUCUUAUUUUGGGUUUCGUUCUAUUCUAGAUUUUUCAGUCUCAGAUUUUCCUUCAUUUCGAUAUGAUAUGUGGCUGGAUAUUUAUUUGUUGAUGUCAUUGUCAGGAUGGGCAAGACUUUGAUGAAUCUGUAUCGUUUGAGUAUUUUUUUUUUUUUUUUUUUUUUUGUAUAGUUUCAGAUUUCAAGUGAUCCUUUGAAAUUGUUUAAAUUAUUAGUGUCGUGGGUGAUAUUUUGUUUUUUUUUCUUUUUUCUGGAUCUUAAAUCUUGUUCUGGGUAAGUUGCAUAAUCAAUUUUUGCAUUUGGGACUGUUGUUAAAUGUAGACAUUAACCGCUUCAACAAGAGUUCUGAUGAAGUCUUUGUUCUGUAAGAUGGAUCUCUCCUUAGAGAGGAGGGGAUUGCUUCUUGUAUUACCAUUGUAGCUUGCCCAUGUUAAUAAAAGGGUAAGGUGGAAUGUCUAAAAAGUGUUUGUAGAAAUGCCUAAAUGUGAGUAUUUUGUACGUAUUAUCCGUAAUUCUGUGUGGCCUGUUACUUCUUUAUGAUGCCUGUUAUAUAUGAUGUGUUUCUUUGCUAAUUAGUCAAUUAGACUUAGCUUUUUGAUUGCAUAAUUUCCUUGGUAAAUUUUAUGCAACUGGGCAAGCUUGUUUCUUGAUUCAUUUUAUGUCUUAAAAAUGACAAUAAAUGAGAAAUGUGUUAGAAAGGCAUAGAAAGAAUAACAUUUUAUUUUCUUUCAUUUGUUUUACCGUGUAGAAGUGUUUUGUUUAGCAUUUAUUUUCAGUGAUAAAAUCCCAGGUAGUGACCAAGAACCCUGCCUCAUAACUGAGCUUGGGUUCGCUGCUACAAGUCAAUGCAUAUAGAGGUGUCAAUGCCAUGUUUGUUGAGAAUAAUUCUCAACUAUAACAUCCUGUUUUUUUCCUCUCUUUGUUACAGAAUACUUGAAGCCUGAAAUAGUUUACCGGCCUUCUUAGUUCCUGUUCCUUGGCCUUUGGGGGUUAGCAGGUUUGUUGGGAUCUUUGAUUCUUUUCUCAACUAUAACAUCCUAAUGUAACAUUGUGCUUUUCUCAAUUUACUAGCUUGAGAAUGCUAUGUCUUUUAGAGGUAGUGCUGUCUGCUCGGAUUACCUCCUUCCUCUAUUGCUUUCUGGCUCUUGUAGUAUAUGUCUGGAACUUCAGCUAUCCUUUUGUGUUUUUGUGGUUGAUGGAUAAUUUGGAGUUGUUCCUAGGUUUUAGUUUCUUUCACUGUAGGUAGCUGUUUAUAUCAUAAAUUGCAAAAAUUAAAGAUCAUGCCAAGUGUAAAAUUUUUUAAUGGAUGGAGGAGAUUUUGCCAUGUUAAAUAUGUAAUUUUGGACCCCAAACAGAUCAGCUACUACAUUUGAAGGAAGGGGAGUUGUAAUUGGAAAAGGGAAACAAAAAGGAAGUUUUGGAUCACACAACACACAGCCAGCUUUUAUACACAAAUUGCAAAUUUUUAUAUUUUCAAUUUCUCUGCAAUUGCUCACUUUUGCUUGCAUAUUUCGAAUUUCAGCAUAAUUCCCAAUAGAUUUAAGUUUUUUUCAUCAUUCCAGUAGUUGAAUUAGUUCAUGUAUUUGCUUCAUCAAUUUCGUUUCAUGUAAUGAUUAAUAAGCUUUUGAAUUUCCU